UUAGUUGCGGGACCCAGUACGCUCCACUUGCAAGACGCAGUCGCACAGCUGGCAAGGAAGACAACAUGUCCUACCCAAUAAUCGACGACAGCCAGUUCGAUUUCAAACAAAAGCAGAUAAUUGCUCAGGCGCGCAUUGAAAAUGGCAUCCACAUAAUCGAGAAUAGUGGAUCUCGGAUGUGCGCCAAAGUAGGAACUCAAGUCAAGCAUAUGACUCGAUUCUAUCCGGUGGCAAUGACUGAAGGUGUGAGGAUGACCAUGGCCGUUUUCUAUCCGAUUAAGGGAGACAUGGUUAGAAUUAUGAUGCAGGAUCCAAGCAACCGGUACAUGGGUGUCGAGUUUUCUUUAGAAAGCCCCAUUUAUAUGGUCUUCGUUUUCCCCGGCACGUUACCAGAUCGAAAGGAUCACUACUACAACCAUUUUCCCCCUUAUCUCCAUGUACUCCGAAUUGAAUGCAUUGCGGACGACGAAGUGUGGGUUUAUGUUGACGACAAACCAAAAAUCCAUCACGGAAAAGUGAAAGUCACCUCAAUGAGGAAGCUUACCAUGGAGGACACAACUUCAGAUCCUGCAGAGUGCCCAUAUUUGCUGGAAGUACACUUGACCUGUCCGACGUCCGAGAAGAUAUUCAACCACCAAGCGGCAAUGUCGAAGCCCACCUCAACCCUCUCUCCCGGUGGUUACGUCAUCUGGGAAGGGGACGCCUCUGGAGUGAUUGAGAUCAAGUACAACAACGUGACCAUCUUCAACGAGAACAUGAACAAAAAAGGUGUACGCCUCAUCAUGAAGGUAUACGAAACUAAGCUCGAGAUCGGGCAUGACGAUGGAAGACCCCUUCUGGAAAAGGAUAACCCGAAAGCAAACGUGACAGGCAAUCCAAUAUACGACCUCACCAUCUCUCAAGCGAUGAAGAUGACCAACUUCAUCCUGCAUACUGGGGUAAGUGCUACUAGAUACUUCUGAGAGGCGUCCAGGAUUCACGUGUGCUCUUUGUAAUGGGGUGUGAAUAAAAUAAACUCGUGUUGUUUGUUGGCAAA